AUGUCCAGAGUGAUACCUCAAAUUGACCUAAGUGGAUUCUCUGUUGAAGAUAAGAAGGAGAAUGAAUUCGGUGCGCUAACAUCGGAUGAAUUUCGUUAUGAGACAAAGUCUCGUGAAGGGAAACCAUUACCAGAUCCUAUUGAAGAUGAACCUCCAUAUCAUGUUUUAUUCAUCACUUAUUUAAACUAUUUGAUUUUGAUUAUUGUUGGUCAUAUUAAGGAUUUCACAGGUAUAUUGUUUAAUCCAAAAAAUUAUCAAGAAAUAUUGGAAAAAGAUGGUUUAGCACCUUGGUAUAACAAGUUUGAAUCCUUUUAUAUUCGUCGUAUGAAACAAAAAAUUGAUGAUUGUUUUGCAAGACCAACUUGUGGUGUUCCAGGAAGAUUAAUCACAUGUAUUGAUAGAGAUGCACAUGAUUAUAACACUUACUUCACAUAUCCUGGUACUACUUCAACUUGUUUAAACUUGUCAUCAUAUAACUAUUUAGGUUUUGCUCAAAGUGAAGGUGCAUGUACUGAAGCUGCUUUGGAAGCUGUUGAGAAAUAUGGUGUUGGUUGUGGUGGUGCAAGAAAUCAAAUUGGUACUACUGAUUUGCACGUAAAAACUGAAAAGACCAUUGCAAAAUUUGUUGGGAAAGAUGAUUCUAUAUUGUUUUCAAUGGGGUAUGCUACCAAUGCAAGUUUAUUCAGUUCAUUAUUGGAUAAAAAAUCACUAGUUAUUUCAGAUGAAUUAAAUCAUACCUCAAUCAGAACAGGUGUUAGAUUAUCAGGUUGUUCAGUUAAAACUUUCCCACAUAAUAAUAUGGAUGCUUUAGAAAAUCUAUUGAGAGAACAAAUCAGUCAAGGUCAACCAAGAAAUCAUCGUCCAUGGAAAAAAAUCGUUGUUGCUGUGGAAGGUCUUUAUUCAAUGGAGGGUACAAUGGCAAAUUUACCAAGAUUAGUUGAAUUGCGUGAAAAAUACAAAUUUUACUUAUUUGUUGAUGAGGCUCAUUCUAUUGGUGCUAUUGGACCUUCUGGACGUGGUGUCUGUGAUUAUUUUGGUAUUGAUCCUUCAAAUGUUGAUCUUUUAAUGGGUACUUUAACUAAAUCUUUUGGUGCAGCUGGCGGUUACGUUGCAGCUGAUCAAUCUAUAAUUGAUCGUUUAAGAUUAAACAUCAACAGUCAAAACUAUGCUGAAUCUAUUGCAGCUCCAGUUUUAGCUCAAAUUAUAACCUCCUUAAGAAUUAUAAUGGGUGAAGUUAAUCCAGGUGAAGGUAGAGAAAGAUUGGAAAGAAUUGCAUUCAACUCUCGUUAUUUAAGAUUAGGAUUACAAAGAUUAGGUUUCAUCGUUUACGGUGUUGAUGAUUCACCAGUUAUCCCAUUAUUGUUAUUUGCACCAGCCAAGAUGCCUGCUUUCUCAAGAAUGUUGUAUCAACGUAAAAUUGCAGUGGUUGUUGUUGGUUAUCCAGCUACUCCAUUAACUUCAUCAAGGGUUCGUUUAUGUGUUUCUGCUUCAUUGACUAAAGAAGACAUUGAUUAUUUGUUGCGCCAUUUGUCAGAAGUUGGUGAUAAAUUGUUUUUGAAAUUCAGUUCUGGUAUUGCAGGUGGUACUUUAGAUGGUAGUCCACCAAGAUGGAAUAUUGAAGAUGUGUUGAGGGAAACACCAAAAGAUUGUAAAGAAUCCAAGUUUUUCGUUGCAACAGCUUCUAGAGAAUAA